CUCACUUUAGUCGGAGGCUUCUCACAGAGCAAGUCAUCUGAAGAAGAUGUUAACGAAGACAAGAAAAAACAACUUUUAUAGUAAUCUGAUAAGAAGACCUUUCACGCACGGCAGAGGGAAGCAAGGGGGAUGACAUUCUGCUGCUGAGACAUGUCGAGUGGGUCCUAAAGUUGAACUGAGAUGAAUCUCUACUCAACCAUUUGGAAAUAUAUUCUUGUUUUCAGUUUAUCCAUCAAAGAUUGUCCUGUGCACCCGGCUGAUUUGGUGAUCUUCAAUGGACUCGGCAACCUGACAGUAGAACCAGCUUCACCCUUCCUCCUGGGUUCAAACCUGACCGUGUACUGUCACGUCACAGAGUGCAAACAAAGGAGCAAAAUAUUACUGCAACACGACGGAAACACUCUGGCUCUUUCAGACAGAGUAAACUGCAACACUGCAAUUUUCAAUCUGAUUCAUGUCAAGGUGUCAAAUUCUUCAGUGCUGUGCAAAUUGUCGACCGAUGAUAAGUUGAAGAUUGUAAAUGGACUGGUCCUACGUGGCGGCUACCGUCCAGAUAAACCUGAAGUUAUUCUUUGUGAAACCACGAGGAGUUCAGCUUCUAUAGGCUGCUCAUGGUCGAAAGGACGGGAGACACACCUUGAAACUGUUUACAACAUUUCAAUCAACAGAGAAAAUGGAACCCAGGUAGAGUUCUAUCAGAUCCAAGGUGCUGCAGUAAUCACCAUCCCCAGGGCAAAGAUCAAUGGAAACUCUACGUACGAGUUAAUAAUCACUGCUUACAAUCAGCUUGGAGUCUCAAAGUCUGACCCAUUCAUACUCUGUGUGAAGGAUAUAGUGAUACCAGAGCCCCCUCGAAUUAUGCUAACAGGGUAUUUGGACUCCACUGCAGCUGUUUUGCGAUGGAAACCAACAGAAUCCCCAGAGCUUCUCAGACUCUGUGUCAGGCUUCACUCAGAUAAAAACUCCUGGGAAGCUGGAGAGGUAUCACAGCCCAGUGAGGGUCUGAUAAAAGUGGAAGGUCUCAAGCCUCUGACUAAUUAUGAGUUCCAAGUGAGAACAUGUAUCUUAACAUCAGGACCGAUGCAUUCAAACAUGUCCUGCUUCACCCCACCAUCAGCCUCAAGCAAAAGGUUGUUCUGCAGUAAAUGGAGCUCAUCUGUGAGGGGGAGAAGCCCUGGAAAAGGUUUAUCAAAGCAGCUGCACGUCUGGAGGAUUCUAGGCCACAAGGGGAAGAAGGGGCUGCAGAUGGUGACGGUGUUGUGGAAGCAUCCAAAUCCAGAAGAUUACAGUGGAAAGGUGCAACGAUUUGAAAUCUCUCUGGGCAAUGAGCAGAAACAAAAUGUGACAGCUAAUCUGAGCCAGUGUUCAGUCCCGUUAUCAGCAGAGGUCCAGGCGCUCAGUGUGAGUGCAGUCACCUUGUAUGGGACAUCUCCACCUGCAGAAGUGCCCUUCAGACAGUCAGGUCAUUCUGGACCUGUUUUGAGAGACUUUGCUCCUGCAUCUAAUGGCAGCGCCGUGUCUGUCUCCUGGUCGUGGCCUGAGAACAAACGUUGGUUAUCAUCUGGAGAUGAACUGCUGCACUAUGUGUUAGAAUGGACGAGUGUUCCUGUGGCCGUGCUGCAGUGGGACAAAGUGGACAAAGAUGAGAGCAAAACAGCAGUCACAGGCCUGACUGCAGGUGUGAGGUACAACGUCUCUGUGUUUGCUGUGACCAGCAGAGGUGUCAGCGCUCCAUCGUCUCGUCUCGUCUACUCCAAAGAACAGAAGCCACAGUCCGGUCCCAAAGUGUCAAUACUGGUCCACGAGGCCAGACAGAUCCAGAUCCAGUGGGAUGAGCUGCCUGUAGACCAGCAGAGAGGCUUCAUGGUAAACUACACCAUCUAUCUCCAAACACUGGACUCCAGCAACACCGAACACAGAGUGACGGUGUCUGGCUCCGAACUCAGACGGAGGUGGCUGGACUGUCCUCAUGGAGCUCUGGCUCUGCAGAUGACAGCUUCCACCUCAGCAGGAGAAGGACCGCGAGGGAGCCGGAUCUCCUCUCAGCCUGCGACCUCCGUAGUCAGCCUGGUGAUUGUGAUGGCUUUCAUCGUCACCCUCUUUAUAGGGAUCAUAGCUUACCUGCUGUGCUGGAGCUGUGUGAGAGAAAGGGUCAAACAGAAGUGUAUAUCCUGGGGACUUGACUGUGUUGGUGAAAAGUUACCGAAACCAGGAAACAGUUUUGCCAUCAGACUUCUGAAGGACGACAGUGAGUUGUCCUUCUUGUCCACCUGCAGCAACCCUCCACUGUCUUCUGUCAGUCUGAUCUCUCAGGAGCAAAAGGACGACGUGUACCCCAUCAUCCACAUUGAGCUAUCCCAGAUGAAACCAGGAAAACAAACAGCCCAGACACCUUUACUGAUGUUGGAUCCUGAGGCGACGCUUGAGGACUGUCAGCUGGAACAUGUCGGUUACAAACCUCAGAUUUCUACGCUGGCUCCACAAGGACAAGGACUGAGGGAAACCGAGGAAGAGCUGAAGGAUGCAUCAAGUAGUGGACUGGAGGACAGAAACCAAGGCGUACCUGGAGGAUUACUUGGAGGCUUUAUGUCCAGUGUGGAGGGGGACUUCUGUGUUCCACCUCUGGGGCUUACUCUCAUCUCUGUAAGUGAUCCCCCGUGGCCUCAAAUACAAGAAACAACAAGUGUCAUGGAUGGGGGCUUCUUACUGGAGAGGAGGGGGACUGAACAUGAUGCGGAAUUGGACGCUGCCUGUCCGGACUUACAGCAGGGUGGAAUAAAGAUUAGUGACCCAGCAGACACUUGUUCAUCUCAGUAUCAGACAGCACAGACUGCUGGUUAUUUCCCUCAGGUAGCUUCUGUCGGCACAUUGACACUUUCUGACACUCAGAGGUAGCAGGCCAACAGACAGGACAACCUGCACCUACAACUUAUUUUCAAAAAGGCGUUAUUAAAGGACCAUCUCAAGUGAGGACCUUACCGACUUUAUGUGAUCGGAAAAUCCUGCUUCAGUAAGGACGCACUCACACUAGGAAAUCUGUACCAUGCCUAAGCACGCUUCACCCCCAAAGUUCAGUUCAUUUGACUAAUAUGAGUGCUCCGAUCAGUGCUCAAUCGGGGUACACUUCCUUGGCCCACUUGGAAGAGGUGUACUUUGACACUGUACAAUUCAUGCACAAGCACAAGCACAGGUAAACAACGUAACCCAACCCUACCCUUCAUUAUGGAGAGUGUUCUGUCUGUAUCUGACUAACAUGACUCAGAAUAAGACUCAAAGUCAGUAAAGUAGCCGUCAUGUUCUCCAGUUUGCAGAUGCUGGCUUGACUGCAUGUCCCUUUUUUUUCUUGAGUCCGCCUGUCUUGUAAACUAAGCAGGCUUCAUAUUUACGCAAAAGCCAUGCAUAUGUUUUAUUCCAAAGUCAUGUAAGCUUCAAGUGGUAACAAUGCUCAGGCCCUGAGUCUGAG